AUGCCCUGGAGCACCUCGCUGAUGCCUGCCUCCCGCAGCCUGCGGGCUCUUCAGGCUUACUACCUCUAUCUCCCACAGAGAGGUGCUGGUCACAGUCCUGCUUGUGGCCAGGAAGGAGUGUUAAUUACUUUGCUUUUUGUUCUAGGCACAGUAAGCUGCACAUUUUUCCUGGCAGUUAACGGUUUGUAUUCGGCCAGUGAUGAUGUGAUAGAGCUAACACCAACUAACUUCAACAAGGAAGUCAUUCAAAGUGAGAGCCUGUGGCUUGUGGAGUUCUACGCCCCAUGGUGUGGUCAUUGUCAAAGACUAACCCCUGAGUGGAAGAAAGCAGCAACAGCACUAAAAGGUGUAGUGAAAGUAGGUGCAGUAGAUGCAGAUAAGCAUCAGUCCUUGGGUGGACAGUAUGGAGUCAGAGGGUUUCCAACUAUCAAGAUAUUUGGAGCCAACAAAAACAAAGCAGAGGAUUAUCAGGGUGGCAGGACAAGCGAUGCCAUUGUUGAUGCUGCUCUAAGUGCUCUUCGGUCCCUGGUGAAAGACCGUCUUAGUGGCAGAAGUGGAGGAUAUAGUUCUGGGAAACAGAGCCGAGAGAGCGGAGGUGGAGAUAAGAAGGAUGUGAUUGAGCUGACUGAUGACAGCUUUGAUAAGAACGUCAUAAAUAGUGACGAUGUGUGGAUGGUGGAGUUUUAUGCCCCAUGGUGUGGGCACUGCAAAAACCUGGAGCCAGAAUGGGCAGCUGCUGCCACUGAGGUGAAGGAACAAACAAAGGGAAAAGUAAAACUGGCUGCAGUAGAUGCAACAGUCAAUCAGAUGCUGGCAGGCCGAUACGGGAUUCGUGGAUUUCCCACAAUUAAAAUCUUCCAGAAGGGAGAAGACCCUGUUGAUUAUGAUGGUGGCAGAACUAGAUCUGAUAUCAUUGCUCGUGCUCUGGAUCUGUUUUCUGAUAACGCACCGCCACCUGAGCUCCUGGAGAUAAUUAGUGAAGACGUUCUGAAGGGUACUUGUGAUGCUCAUCAGCUCUGCAUCAUUUCUGUCCUGCCUCAUAUUCUUGACACAGGAGCUUCGGGGAGAAAUUCUUACCUGGAUGUCAUGUUGAAAAUGGCUGAAAAAUACAAAAAGAAAAUGUGGGGGUGGCUGUGGACAGAAGCAGGUGCUCAGUCAGAUCUUGAGAGCUCUCUGGGGAUUGGAGGCUUUGGGUAUCCAGCAAUGGCAGCUAUUAAUGCUCGGAAGAUGAAAUUUGCCCUUCUUAAAGGAUCAUUCAGUGAGCAAGGGAUUAAUGAGUUUCUCAGGGAACUGUCUGUUGGUCGUGGCUCUACAGCACCAGUGGGUGGUGGAGCUUUCCCUAAAAUUCAUUCAGUUGAACCUUGGGAUGGCAAAGAUGGUGAGCUUCCAGUUGAAGAUGAUAUUGAUCUCAGUGAUGUGGAUCUGGAUGACUGGGAUAAAGAUGAGCUGUGAGAUCUUCAGGAAACUCUUUUUUUCUUGGGAGAGUCUGUGCAGCAGUUUGCAACCUGGUUCACAAUCUGAUGGAUAUUCCAGUGGCCUUUUUGUGGAGAAAUAGCAUGUGACACACUGUGCUAUUUGAUGCAUUGCAGCAGUGAACUGUACGCAUCUCAAGAAAACAUUGCAGAAAUUCUAUGAAUUGUCAUAACCCAUAAACUUGAUUGUAUUCUGUGUAACAAAUAUUUUGAGGACACCAUGGAUAUUUCUUUGGAACAUCUUGGUUUUUAUUUUGUGGAUAGUGUGCUGUUUGGGUGUUACUGGAGGCUGUUAGUAUAACCAAUUUUAAAUGUGAUUUUUUUUUUUUUUUUUUCAUGGAAGUGGAACCUGGUCAGCUUCUGUUUCAAUUAAAGAAUAAAACAAAUAUUUUUGACACACA